AUGGCAGUUGCCUUGACCUCUGCACACUACCCAUGUGGACCAAGCAUUUGUAACCCAUACUACAGUUGUGUCUUGGACAACGCCAAGUACGGAUGUAUCUACAGAUGCGAACAAGUCACCAUCACCCAACAGGUAAUCAACUCAUGGGCUGACAACAAUGGAAAAGACAAGUACGUCCAAGUGCAAGUCACCGUCCACAACAACGGUCCAAGAAAUGUCAACAACGUUAUCAUCGGUGCUGCUGACGGUACUUUGAAAUUGAAGGAUAACAAUGCCAUCUGGGGAGUUGUUUCCACCGGAAACGAUCUCACUCUUCCAUCGUACGCCUCCACCAUCAACGCCGGUCAAAGUUACACCUUUGGUUACAUCAACCGUGUCUCCCAAGCCAACUUGUACGUCAAGAAUUUCCACAUGCUCUAA